CAUCUGUGUAUGACAGAUUUUCAAAUAACACAUCUCAAAUAGUCGAACGAAACUAUAGUCUUUUAGCUAGAAAUAUAAAAAAUGUCUUUAAAUUUGGUAAAUUAUAGUGAUAGCUCUUCGGAGGAAGAAAUUGAAGUACAAAAGUCUGUGCCUGCACAACUAACUGUUAAGAGUAAACUGCCGAAUCCAUUCGGAAAACCAAAUGAGGUCGUUGAUCACGACGAAAAUGACAUGACUGAACACAAUGGAAGAGUUCGAACAUUCCCUCAUGAGCGUGGUAAUUGGCCGACUUAUGUUUAUAUCCACUAUCCGCGAACAGAUUUGAUUGUCACACUACAGAAUAAGCUGCUCGAUCUAAUAAAACAGCAAACUCCAUUCUUAACCACGGAAUUCCAUUCACUCGAGGAGCUACAUUUGAGCCUGACCAAAACGGUUGUACUACGUCAUCACUGGAUCGAUGAGUUCGUUGGAAGUGUUGACCAGAGUUUAAAAAAUGCAAAUAGAUUUUGGAUGAAUUUCAAUACGAUUCAAAUCUACUGCAACGACAAUCAAACGAGAACUUUUAUUAGUUUAUCGUUUGUGGACAAGGAAUCGGUGGCUGCACAAAUAUUGGAAUACAUUGUAAAUAAACUUGAUAAUUGUCUCAAUGAAUUUAAAUUGCCACCUUUUUAUAAAGAGGCGUCGUUUCAUGUAAGCCUGCUGUGGUGCCUUGGUGAUAGGAAACAAGAAUUACAAGCAUUGUUGCCAGAAUUCCAUUCUCUCCUGGACCACCUAUUAUCGUCCGACGAUGCAAAUUUUACACUUAAUGUCGAGCAAUUAUUUUGUAAAAUUGGGAAUAAAUUGUAUAGCUUUCAUUUAUGAUUUAAAA